AAAAAAAAAAAAGAGAGAGAGAUGAUACGAUAGGGGCUACACUAUAAAAUAGAUAAUUUUAUUUUCCUUUUAUUUUUUUCUCUUCUUUUCUUUCAACUCGUAUAUAUACAAAAAAAAUGUCAUCCGGUGUCGCAGUUAAUGACGAAUGUCUUAAGCUCUAUGAAGAACUCAAGAUUCGUAAGAGAUACAAGUACCUCAUCUUCAAGUUAAACGAUACCAACUCUGAAAUUGUUGUUGAAAAGUCUGCUGAAAGUGGUGACUAUGAUGAAUUCUUGGCUCAACUUCCUGCUGAUGAACCUCGUUAUGCUGUCUAUGAUUUCGAAUACGAAAAGCCCGGAGAAGGUAAAAGAAGCAAGAUUACAUUUUAUGCUUGGGUCCCCGAUACGUCCAAGAUUCGUCACAAGAUGGUGUACGCCUCUAGUAAGGAUGCUCUCCGUAGAAACUUGGUUGGCAUUGCUAUUGAAGUUCAAGGUACUGAUGCCUCAGAAGUUGACUAUGAAGCCGUUUUGGACAAGGCCAAUCGCUCUGCUUAAUUCAUUUUAUUUUAAUAAACAAAACA